GCAGUCGCAGUAGUCCUGUGAAGAAAUCAGAAUAGCAGGAUCAGAGUAAAAGUACUACACGUCGCCUCUGCUGCGGCUAAUAUCAUCUCUUCUGUCACAGAUUCAAACAUUAUCUGCCAGCCAUGGGGCUCACCAUCUCUUCACUCUUCGACAGGCUGUUCAGCAAAAAACAAAUGAGGAUCUUGAUGGUUGGACUGGAUGCUGCCGGAAAAACAACCAUCUUGUACAAAUUGAAGCUUGGUGAAAUUGUGACCACCAUCCCAACCAUUGGUUUCAACGUCGAGACAGUAGAAUAUAAAAAUAUUAGCUUCACUGUUUGGGACGUGGGUGGCCAGGACAAGAUCAGACCCCUCUGGAGACAUUACUUCCAGAACACACAGGGCCUCAUCUUUGUCAUUGACAGCAAUGACAGAGAAAGAGUGGCAGAGUCUGCAGAGGAGCUCGGGAAAAUGUUAAGUGAGGACGAGCUGAGAAACGCUGUUUUGCUGGUGUUUGCUAACAAACAGGACCUUCCCAAUGCCUUACCAGUCAGUGAUCUCACAGAGAAACUCAACCUACACUCCCUCCACAACAGAAAUUGGUAUGUUCAGCAGGCCUCCGCCAUCCAUGGUGACGGGCUGUAUGAAGGACUUGAUUGGCUAUCCAAAGAGCUGUCCAAGAACUAAAGAUGGAUCGACUGGACAGAUGAGAGAAAGAGACUUAACUCCACAGGACAGGAGAGAAGGCACAGACAUUCAAUCCAAAACAUUUGGUCUUCCAGCGCUGACAUUCACAAUGGGGACAAGGCUGGUGGACGAUAUAUAAUCAUUUUUGGGAAAUUUUAAUAUUAUGGUUUUUUUCUCUUAUUAUAAUUACUAUUACCAUGUUAUCUCUUAAUAUAGUCUAUGUUUAUU